UCCUAAGAACAACAUCGGACCCUAAAACACCGACCGCCUUCAACCCGAAUCCGCCGCUCCGACCACUCCUUUGCUCCGCUUCUUUUAUCAUGUUCUUCCUCAAUCUGGUUCUUGAGGUUCCGACGAAGCAGGAUUUGGUCUCUGUAUAUGCUGGAGGAAAUUAGGGAGUAGCUGUGUUUUUCAAUUUGUGUAAAUUCUUUUUUGGUUUUUCAAUUAGUUGAAUUUCUAGGGUUUGUUAUUUGUGUAAGAAUCACGGCCGAGACGAUAGGCGUGGCUUAGAAAGGAUAAUGUGUAUAUUGUGUGUGAUCCAGAAGUGGGCUCGCAAGGUUGCUACUAUGCUGCCUUGGUUAGUUAUUCCUCUCAUUGGAUUUUGGGCUCUCUCUCAGCUUUUCCCACCUGCUUUUCGUUUUGAGAUUACCCAGCCGAGACUUGCUUGUCUUUUCGUUCUUUUGGUUACUCUCUUCUGGUAUGAGAUUUUGAUGCCUCAGUUGUCAGCUUGGCGGGUGCGGAGAAAUGCUAGAUUAAGGGAAAAGAAAAGGUUUGAAGCUAUUGAAUUGCAGAAGCUAAGAAAGACUGCUACAAGAAGGUGUAGAAAUUGUUUGACUCCUUAUAGGGAUCAGAAUCCUGGUGGUGGUAAAUUUAUGUGUUCUUAUUGUGGUCAUAUAUCUAAGAGGCCGGUUUUGGACUUGCCUGUUCCUCCUGGUUUGUCUAAUUCUGGGAUUAUUAAGGAAAUUGUUGGUAAAGGUGGUAAGAUAUUGAAUGGUAAGGUGUGGUCUGAUAAUGGAUGGAUGUGUAAUCAGGAUUGGUUAGAAAAUGGGAAUUGGGUUGCUGGGCCUAUCACAGGGAAGCCUAACUAUUGGCAGAAGAAUGGCAAUGGGAUUUUUGGAAGUGAUGAGAAUUGUUUGACUGAGAAUUCUUAUUCGGGUGCUGCAAUUUUUGUUUGCAAAUUGUUGACUUCUUUUAUUUUGAGUAUAAGGUGGAUAUGGAGAAAGAUUUUUAGGAUUAGUUCAUCGAAGGAAGAUGAUUCUUCUGAUGGAGAAAGAGGAAUGCUGACUAAGAGGGGUGAGAAUGGGGGCAGUUUUCAUGAGACUAAAAGCGAGAAAGCACGUCGGAAAGCUGAAGAGAAAAGACAAGCUAGGUUAGAGAAGGAAAUUUUGGAGGAGGAGGAAAGAAAGCAAAGGGAGGAUGUUGCAAGAUUGGUAGAGGAACGUAGGAAGCUGAGGGAUGAGAAAAUGGAGGCUGAAAAAGACCGAAGCAAAACUUCUCCGCCUCCACGGGAGAAGGAUUGUAAGAAGGAAGCAGAAAAGAAGCGUCAUGAAAGAAGAAAGGAAAAAGACAAGGGGUCUAGUAAGAGCAACUCUGAUGCUGAAGAAUUGGAAAAGAAAGCUAACAAAGAAAGUGAGCGAAAGCGGGACUUUGAUAAGAAGAGCGACACUGACCGUAAAUCCGGAACAGAAUGUACAAAGGGACAGACCUCUGAUUCAGGACAUGGUAUAAAGCAUCUAUCUUCAGGCAAUUAUAUCCAUGGGAAUGCUGGAUCUAGGUACUUGGAUCGAAUGAGGGGUACAUUUUUGUCUUCUAGAGCUUUUACUGGAAGUGGGUUAUUUGGAAAGACGGCUAAUUCUCAUGCUAAUUUUACAAAAGAUAAUAAGUUCAACAGUUCUGUAGAACAUUCCUAUACUUCUGCCCAUAGGAGAGAUAUCUGUCCACCUGAGCGCCCAAUUGUAAAACCAAGUGUGAAUGGAGAUGACAAGAAUGCCAACCAUCCUGUACUCUCAGAAUCACAACCGAGGCCAGCACCUAAAAAGUCAUGGCAACAAUUAUUUACGCGUACAUCUUAUGUGCCUUCCUCAAAUACAAGUGUUAUUAGUAGGCCAAAUCCAAAGCCCCAAGCAGAAGCUCAGAGCCCACAGUUAAACGGGCAAUCCUCAUCAUUACAGUCAUUUGAUAACCCUAUCAGUUUUGGGCUGCCUUCGCCGUUUACUCUCCCUGCUUAUCCAACGGUAUCCUGUAGCAGUAGUUUAGGCUUCUCACCUCCCAUUGAACCUAUUUUUCCUCGUGGUGAUGAUAGGUCCCAUGAAUUUAUACCCGAGGAGACAGAGCUGUUUGAAGAUCCAUGCUAUGAUCCUGAUCCAAUAUCAUUGCUUGGACCUGUUUCAGAGUCACUUAAAAAUUUUCAGCUGGACAUGGGGACUGGUUUUGCAUCAGACUUUGGAAGACCUCAUGCUUUGAAAAAAUUAUCUGCAUCUCCUGAAGUGAGCAAGCCAUCUCCAAUUGAGUCUCCAAUUUCACGACUGCGAGUUGCUGAUGAUAAGUAUAUUGGGUCUCAUUGGUUCCAAACUACUCCUAAGACUCAAGACUUGCACAACUUGCCUAUGGAUGAUGUGCAGGCAAAUGAGAAGGGAACAUGGCAAAUGUGGAACAGUUCUCCUCUUGGCCAGGAUGGUUUAGGUUUAGUAGGUGGUCCAGGAAGCUGGCUUUUGCCUCCAGAAAGGGCGAGAACAGUUAAGGAUGAAAUGUUGCUACCUGCUUCACAGAAAACUAUGGCAUCACUUUUUUCAAAAGAUGAUCAAGUGCUUUCUGCUACUCAUUCUCCACAGAAGGUUUUUCUUGGCAAUGGCCAGAAUGGUGGGGCAUUUAGUCCAGUUACUAGUUCAAGUGAUAAUGAUCCAUGGUUACAGCAUGCUCUUUUUCCACCAUUGUCGGGCAGUGAGUGCCAUUUCCCUGUGAAAGCUCAGGGAGAGAGUACUCAGAAUGAAAUGAUUUAUGGGAGUCCCACUGGAGAUGCAAACAGCCAUUCAUUCGAGAUGUCUUCUGCAAAUUGUUGGGCCAACAAGGACUGGAGUUUGCAAGGUUCAGGAGAAGGUAUUGGGAAAUCAUCUUUCACAAGGCCUAAUAUUGGAGGUUUAUACCCAACCUCAGAUGUACAGCCGCCGUUUUGGUGAGUUCAACUAGAAAAUUGGAAAAAAAAAAACAGAAGUAACGUUACGAGGGACUCUGAGUAUACCGCUCCUCUUGAGAAGUGGCAAACUGCCUCUUUUGCAGGAGAUUCUAGCAUACUGAACAGAAAUGUUAUCUUCCUAUUUCUUUACAAGGGAGAUUAAUUUUUACUUACUCUAGCAUAAAUAGGAAUACACAUGGCAUGCAUUUUCUUGUGCAUCAAGUAACAGCUAGGUGUCAUACAGCUUUUAAAAUUCACCUUUUUGAUGUUUCUGGGGGAGGGGGCGUCGUCCCCUUUUGAGGAAAAUUUGUUCUUCUGAUGGAGCCAGAGCUAUCCCUACUCGUUUAGUUGCUCCUCUUUUCAUCUGAAUCGAUGUUUAAAGAAAUGAUAGUAACGAAAAAUGCUUCUGUUUAUAUGAAUUACCAUUUUUCAGUUUUGUCAAA